GCACCGGACCAGCUCGUUAACUUGCCCGCUUCCUAUUUCCCCCGCUUCAUUCUCGGGAAGCUUCAGCAGCAACCACACUACCGGACUACCGGGCUAACUAGCGGGUAAACACUGCUCCAGCACUCCAGACAGCCUCAGACUGGUCGUCAUCGUCUGUUUUUACUCCGGAGACUGCGGAUUUUAUCCUUCAUCUUUUCCAGUGGAUACUGAGAGUGCGCACCGCCUCCCUGACAGAAACAAAGUGUACGGACAUUUAGUUUACUGUUAUUUGUUUUAUAGCUGGGAAAUAAAGUCAUCUAUCCCUGUGUCGGUCAAGCCUUCUUCUCUGCCCCCCCUCCGGUGUAACUGCACCGGUCAGACUUGGAAAGAGCAACAGCCUCCACCGGCGCAUCAGUGAGGUAGAAAAAAGCCCUACAUCAAGCUGCAGCCAUGGAUGAGAUGGACCUGCCCCAGAUGAAGAAGGAGGUGGAGAGCCUCAAGUAUCAGCUGGCCUUCAAACGAGAGAAAUCUUCCAAAACAGUGACUGAUUUGGUAAAGUGGAUAGAGGACGGCGUCCCAGAGGAUCCCUUCCUGAACCCGGAGCUGAUGAAGAACAACCCAUGGGUAGAGAAAGGAAAAUGCAUCCUUCUCUAGAAGAAACCAACCACCCUGCCACAACCUUCAACUUUAACCACGCUGACCAACACACACCUACAGACGACCCCUGAAUCCAACCCUCCUGUCCCGGCCUGUGAAGGCAAUGGCAGGACAGCGCCUCCUAAGCGCUCACCGUGAAUGUACAACAGCUGAUGUCCCCCAACUUCCCCCAAACACACACUCCAACAAGGGCAAAGAAACACACACUGACAAAGACACACACUCACACACUCCAAACUUUGGGUUUUUCCCCGAUCGCCACACAUUCACUGCAAGUUCGCCACGGCAAUGCAUCAUUACUAUGAUAUAUGACGACGAUGAUCAAUACUCCUAUUACAUGUCUGUGUAUGAUAUAUGAUGACGUAUUUAUGCAGCUGCCAGUCACACGCUUUCUCUCCUCUUUUACAAUCUCUACUCUACAUUCUUAGUACAGCAAGUUUUAUUUCUUCCAUUUUGCGUUGUAAUAAACUGUAGUUACGUUCUCACUGCCAGACUGACUGUAGAUCUGGGGGGGGGGGGAUAUGAACCACUUGCUCUUACACCUCGUUAAAACUAAAGCAUACCAUAAGAACCUAUAAUGAUUCAUAAUUAAAUGAAGAUACGUUGGCUCCCCAAAGUUACAAAAAACACCAGAAGAAGAAUAUCUUCAGCAUUGUAGUAGUUUAGUUCUGAGAUUAACAGUUCAGCUAACAAACAUUCAUACAUGUAAGCGAACACAUGGAGGAUUUAUAUUUAGUGUUUUUAACAAUUAGAUUUCAGUCCAUCUCGAAUGCUUCUUGGAUACAUUUAGCUUUUUUGAUAUCAUACAGCUACCCAAUCCACCCGAGACCAAUUGUCUGAAGUGUCAGUAUGCUCGACACACACUAGUUCAUACGCAGAGUCGUCUGACCAUGUUAAGACAAAAGUGUUGUUGGGGAACAGCCUGCCGUCAGAGAGACAAUUGAAGAACGAACAUACACGAGUUAUUAAGAAAGGUUUACCAUGACGGCAAAAUUGUUGUUUUCCUCGUCUACUUCUAACUUCCCAGUGUGACUCCUACAGUUUUCAUAUGUAGUUUUGAUUUCACACAAGCAUGGUUAUAGCAUUUACAUUCUGAAGACGACAUCUGCAGCCGGUGCUUCAGUCAUUAGGUCCGGAAGUAUCAAAGCAGCUCUGUUUGUGUUGUCACAGGAGGAUAAAGCUAUGGGUUCCUGUGGGGGGGAGGGUUUACUGCUCCUUCUCCUCCUUAGCUACAGCCCCAACGGACCACAACACGCACACACACACGCUCACACACUAUUUCUCUCCUCACAUGUACAGACAGACCCCUUUAACUUAACUUAUUAACUUAUUGAUCAAUACUUGGUUUAUUUAUUUAUUUAUUGAUGAGACCUUUCUCUUACCUUAGUUUUCGUGUCUUAUGUCUGCACUUCCUCUUUCUCAUACUCCUACUCGAAAGAAAAAAAUGAAAAUGACUUAAAAAAAAAAGACUACACCUUGCCAGAUCACCAUCUACUACUGCCUUGUACACAGUUUCCUUAAAACGAGAAUGUAAA